UCGCGUCGCGCUGCCAGUUGCAACCGACCCGCCGCCCUGCUACCACGCGGUGCGAGCACGCACCAGCGAACCCGUGCAUACAGUGACAGUGCCACAGUGCAGACUCAGUGACCAUUCGGCUGGACUCAACUUUAUUUUACACCUUCAGCGAACGAACGACCGAUUCAGAAAUUUGCACAAUAUUCUCGAAGUGCAAGUGGGAUGUCGUUGCUGACUACUUCUUUUGAAAGGUGCUGAGUUAAAUUCAAGAUGCGGCUUCGCCUGUACUCCUUCACCUUUGCGGUGUGCCUGCUGCUGGCGCCGGCGCUCGCUGGCGUGUGUCCCGACGGCUGUGUGUGCAGCACCACGCGUGACGGCCUCCACCGCGCCACCUGCAGCAACCUCGCUGAACUUUACAAGUUCACCCUCCGUCAGAAACAUCACAACAUCAACAUCCUAGACCUCUCUCACAACAAUAUUACCAAACUCACCCACGAACUCGACCGACUCACUGAAGUCGUUACACUAGAUCUGUCCACUAACGGCAUCACGAACCUCAACAAGUUCUUGCACAAUGCGAAAAAAUUAGUACACCUCAACUUGGCGAACAACAGGAUACAAACGCUCUCUCUGACGCAUUUGCCGACAAGUGUUAGUUCACUAGAUUUAACUAACAAUCUGUUGAAAGAUGUGCCAUCAGACCUUGGACAUUUAGAUGGUCUAGAGCAUUUAGAAUUGGAGGGAAACCCUCUUAACUGUUCCUGUGAAAAUAUUAUGGCACGAGAUCGCUUGCUGCAGGCAAACGUAUUAAUCGAUAGAGUCAAAUGUUCCUCUCCAGUGAAAUUAAAGGGUCGCUCUUGGUUAGAGCUAAAGACAAAAGACAUUUGUAAAAUUCCAAAAUAUGAACCAAAUUAUCUUGAUAUGAUGAUGGGUGAUCAAGCAAUGGAUGCGGUCCAAAUCGGCGAACAGUCAACAGCUUUGAGAUCUAUGCCACUGGUGGCGCCAAGUGAUUUGGAUGAUGGCGAAGUUAUUCAUACUUCUAACGCAGCUGAGGAUGAUGAUAGCAAAAUGUUUUUGAGAGUUGAUCGUUCUACGUCAUCAUCACCCUUAGAUGAUAUUGAAGGAUCGGGUGAAUUCGAUACAGCCACAGUUCCUAAUAUCAUAGAGCCUACUGUCAGUGUUAAACAUGCUGCAGACAUUUUAAGAUCCGAUGACGUAUUGCCUGUGGAAAAUGAACAUAAUACUGAAGACCCAUUAGAAGGAUCUGGCCAAGGAUCGGGUUCAGGAGAAUUUCCUCUGAUUUUUGGUGACUUUAUAGAUAACGAACCAAUAACAGAAACAACGGAAGCAGCUACAACAACGCCGUUGAAGGACUUAGAGGCCGGUCCAGUGACCAGACUUUUCGACGACGUAAAUGAUAGUUCUUCGGAAUUUCCAAUGCCUGAAAUGCCUUCAGUCUACAAAGGCGAUCGUAAUUUUUACAUGAAUACCGACCCACCAGUUGUGAAAGAGGACCAUGUGACACCACAAGUAUCUCGAGAUACGACAGUUUCAGAACAUAUACGAGUAACGCAGGCUUCGGAAAAUCUCGGUGCAGCUCCCACUACAACAGAUAAGGUACAACCACAUAAAACCGGAACAUAUGUAUGCAUUGCUAUAAUCGUAGUUCUUCUAGUAGGUUUAAUUGGAUUUGCAAUAGUCAAAGGGCAGAUGAGAAAACGAAGAGACAGGAGGCUACUUAGACAACAGAAGCGAGAUGUUGAAAAAGCAUCGAAAGAAAUGGUAGAUAUGAACAAAUCUUUAUUAGGUAAGCCUGCUGGCUUGGAAGCCCCAAUUGAAAAGAAAGUCAAUGGAAAAUAUGAGUUAGUACCAACCCAUGAAGCACACCAAAAGAAAGGUGAAAACGGAGAUUUAUCAAACGGUGUUAAAUAUGGAGAUAACAAUGAUGUAAGAACUGAUAGCCCGAGAGAUACAAAUCAGAAUAAAAGCAGUUCAAAGGACAACAAUUUAGCAGAUGAACCACAUCCUCAGCAAGAAACGUCUUUUGAGUCGGCACCAGCGUCGCCUGAUUCUCGGAAAGAUACCAACUCGUUGUCUAGUGAGGAUAUAUUUGUGCCUUCAAAUGACGAUGAGACUCCUCGUCUAAACGGCACCCUCGAUUUAGAUGUAUCGCAGCCUUUGAUGAAUGGGGACCAAAUCACAGAUUCCGAUUUCUUAUCGCCUACGCGCGAGUACGUCCCGGUGUAUUCGCCUGAUAUGGGCCGCGUUCGCAUCAAGUUGUCGGAGACUCCCAAGCCGAAGACGCCAGUCCUAGUCACCAGAAGUAGGUCCAACGCUGGGGACAUCAUCAUCACCCCGGCGGACAACACGCGCAAGUCGACCACCUGAGACGCGGUCGUCCCCUGACGGACUAUACUUAGUGUUAAACGGUGUCAAUCAAUACUACUUCACUAUUGGCGAAAUUCUGUGAUUAUUUUGUAAGCAUAUUCCAGGGAACUAUAGUGCGAUGGACUGAUUUUGGUAUGAGUGUAACGUCAAAAAACUUUGCUGCCAAAGUGUGUUUGUAGUCGACAGUGCCUUUAUUUUUAACAUUAUUAGUGGUAUAAAUAUUUAUGAGAGUAUAUUGCGCAAUAAGUAAACAUAUUUUUAUACGUGUAAAGAUGUUGCCAUGUUCAUGAUAGUAUAAUGGUUUCGUUUUAGUAAAUCCACUUCGUAAACGUUAAUACGACCAACGCAUGUUGUACAAUAGUUGAUUGUAUUCUGAUAGUUUAUUCUAGUUAUCUCUGUUUUCGGUACUUUGAAUGGUAAAAUUUCAAUGGUUGUGUACUUAUCCGCAAACAAAUAGAAAGUUGAAGAACAACGAAAUCUGGCUAUGUUUGUUUCUCACAUUUUCCCAUAGAUUUUCUCUAUGGUCUGGCUAAGCAUAAGUUCCUUUAUAAGUUAUAAUAUUGUGUAGUUAUAAGAAUGUGAUACCAUUUAUUAUAAGAUACACAUGAUAAUUCACAUUGUGUAAAUAUAUGAUUGAUUGUAAUAUUGUUUGAAUUUUGGUUCUAGUGUACAUUUGUCUAGCUCUAUUAUUCGUGAAAUUAUUUUAUUAUGUAAUUAUGAACUAUUGCUUUUCUAUAGUUAUCUGUAUUAAUUUCGCUUCGCACGUCUUUGACUUUUGUACGUUUAAGUAAUUUAUAAAUGCUGUAAUAAAUGUUAUUUUAAACCAUUCUGAAUUUUACAAGCGAAACCGAAAGAACAAAAUAGAGAACAAUACUGGUUCAGUAAGAAGAUUUAUAAAUGAUGUAUUUUUAUUUCGAACUAUACGAUAUAAAUGGUUGAAUCAA